AUUACUAACCCGAUGCCUCUAACCUAAUUCAGUCGGGUAAAAUCGAAUUGGAGGUUAGGGUUUGUCGAGGAAAAUCCCCAAAAUGGAAAAGUGAGAAAAAAACUCAGAUUUAGGUAUAGGAUUAUCGAAAACUUAAGCUUUGCGAAGGAUUAUGGAAGACGACGACGCAACAGGAGGAAAUUGGGUCUCUGUUCCUGUAACUAUGGCGACCACUGUUGAAGAUGAGGCAUCUCAAGAGGGGAGCAUUCCUGUUACUCAGGUUAAUGACGAAGAUGCAACUCGUUUGGCUACGAUGCUUCAGUCAAAGGAAAAUGAUGAAGAGGAGAAAUACUGGGAGUAUGAACUUGGGCAAAAACCGAGAAAAGAGAACAAUGAAGAGAAAGACGAUGAGACUGAGGCAAUUGGUGAUGGUGAAGAAGAAGAAGAAGAAGAAGAAGAAGAGCUUGAGGAUCGAUAUGAGCAUGAAAUCGAACAAUCAGUGGCUGAUUUUGAGGACGAAGAGUACAUUGGAAGGAGAAGUAUACCAGAUAGCUCGGAUGAAGAGGAAGACGACUUCUAUGUCAGAGAUAGGAAGCGCAAAAAAUCAGAAGAUAAGCUAGAAAUAGGAACAGCUUUCUGGUCUGGGUUUGAGUUCAAAGAAGCGGUCUUAGAUUAUGCUUUGAGCAAAGGCCGAAACAUUGAGCAGAGUAGGUGGGAUAAGACGAAGCUUAGUUUCAAGUGUGGGAUUCGAGGAAAAUGCAAAUGGAGAGUUUAUUGUGCGUUUGAUUUCCCUACUCAAAAGUGGUUGGUGAAAACAAGGUACAAAUAUCAUAGUUGUACUCCUAAUGGGAAGUGUAAGCUUUUGAGGAGUCCUGUUAUAGCGAGGUUGUUUCUGGAUAAACUGAGAGAAGACAGUGGGUUAAUGCCAGAGAAGAUUCAAGAGCAGAUUAAAGAGACCUGGAAAUUCAUAGCAUCACGUAAUCAGUGUCAACGAGGAAGAACAUUGGCGUUGAAAUGGCUGGAGAAAGAGUAUGCAGACCAGUUUGCUCAUCUACGGGGUUAUGUGAGAGAGAUUGAGAAGACUAACCCGGGUUCGAGUGUAGAACUUGCAACCGUACCCAAUGCUGAUGGGGAUGAUGUCUUUGAUCGGUUCUAUGUAUGCUUUGAGAAGCUUAGGAGCUCGUGGAGAGGGACGUGUCGGAAGAUAAUUGGGCUUGAUGGAACUUUUUUGAAGGUUGCAACCAAAGGUAUAUUGCUUACUGCUGUAGGUCAUGACGGUAACAAUCAGAUUUUUCCUUUUGCUUGGGCUGUGGUACAAUCCGAGAAUGCGGUUGCGUGGCUUUGGUUCAUCAAGAGAUUGAAGCAUGAUCUCUCUCUUGGAGAUGGCAGCACUUACGUCCUUCUAUCUGAUAGCUCAAAGGGACUCAUAAGCACAAUCAAGUCAGAGUUACCAAACGCAGAACAUAGACGCUGUGUGAAACACAUUAUUGAGAAUCUGAAGAAAAAGCACAAGAAGAAACCAUUUCUGAAACCACGGGUAUGGAAUCUUGCUUGGAGCUACAGCCAUACACAAUUCAAGGAAGAGCUCAAGAAGUUGCAGGAUUAUAGCAUGUCAUUGUAUGAGGAUGUGAUGAAAGAGGAACCCAAAUCUUGGUCGUUGGCAUACUAUAGACUUGGGAGCUUCUGUGAGGAUGUUGACAACAAUGCGACUGAGUCUUUCAACGCAACUAUUGUUGGAGCUAGAGCUAAGGCCAUUGUACCCAUGCUGGAGACAAUAAGAAGGCAAGCAAUGAUCAGAAUUGCAAAGAGGAAAAAGAAAUCCGAGAGGAGGCAGGAGAGAUUUACCAAAUAUGUGGUCAAAAUCCUUGAAGAACAGAAAGAAGAUGCUGACAAAUGUAUAACGACUCCUUGUACUCACGGUGUAUUUGACGUGCGUCUCUCUUCAAACACAUAUGAUGUCAACACUACAAGGAGAACUUGUUCUUGUGAGAAGUGGCAGAUCACAGGAAUACCGUGUGAACACUCAUAUGGGGCUAUGAUCGAUGUCGGGUUAGAUGUGGAGGAUUAUAUUUCUGAAUUUUAUUCCACUUCUCUAUGGCAAUUGACUGUAAGUCAGUCCAUCAACAAGGUUAGGGAGCCUCGUUUUUGGAUGAAAAAGGGUAAAUAUAGGUUAGUGGUUGAACCACCAGAGCAUGCACAACCUGGGAGGAAGAAAAAUAAGAAGAAGAAGUUCCCUAGGUUCAAAGGAAAACAUGAAUCACCCAAAAAGGUCUCAAAAAAGAAAGUAGCGGAAACGCUUGGAAGAAAAGGACGCAUUAUGCAUUGCUCCAAAUGUGGGGAAGCUGACCACAAUGCAGCUAUAUGCAAAAUACACCCGAAGAAGAAGAUAAAGACUGAACCAAAGGAUGUUGGAAGCUCUUCUGGACCCGAAGUCGUUUCACAGACGCAACCAUCUCAAACAAGCACCUAGUUGUAUUUUUUAUUUUCUGUUUUACGGCUUUAUGAAGUUAUUUGUAUCAGACAUAUGUUUUGUGUUUCUAAACGGCUUUAGUUCACUUAUCUGCUCUUUUUCCAUCAAUGUAAGAAACGAAUGUUAUGGUAUGGUGUAUGAAACAUAUUUUCUUCUU